UAACAGCUAACUUCAAGUAAUCACAAAGUGACUUGUGAAAAUUGUUUGUCAGUUUGGGGUUCAGUCUGCAAUUUUAGAAUUAUUUGGUAUAUUUGUGGCAGUAAUAUAUAAAUAAAAUGGGACAAAACCAAUCUGCUCAAGGCGGCUCCGGCGAUAAGAAAGAUGACAAAGACAAGAAAAAGAAGUAUGAACCUCCGAUUCCUACCCGUGUGGGGAAAAAGAAGCGUCGGGCGAAGGGUCCAGAUGCUGCUAUGAAACUGCCGCUUGUUACACCGCACACUCGCUGCCGUCUAAAACUUUUGAAGUUGGAGCGUAUCAAGGAUUACCUUAUGAUGGAGGAUGAAUUCAUACGUAAUCAAGAACGUCUAAAACCACAAGAUGAAAAGAAUGAAGAAGAGCGUUCAAAAGUUGAUGAUUUACGUGGCACACCAAUGUCGGUGGGUAACCUUGAAGAGAUCAUCGAUGACAAUCAUGCUAUAGUUUCCACAUCCGUUGGUUCGGAACAUUAUGUUAGCAUUUUGUCCUUUGUUGACAAGGAUCAAUUGGAACCUGGUUGUUCCGUGUUACUGAACCAUAAGGUUCAUGCUGUAGUCGGUGUACUUAGCGAUGACACAGAUCCCAUGGUCACGGUGAUGAAGCUCGAAAAGGCGCCCCAAGAGACAUACGCUGAUAUAGGUGGCUUAGACACACAAAUUCAGGAAAUCAAAGAAUCCGUCGAAUUGCCACUAACACAUCCUGAAUAUUAUGAAGAAAUGGGUAUUAAACCACCAAAGGGUGUAAUUCUGUAUGGUCCUCCAGGCACUGGAAAAACCUUGCUUGCAAAGGCGGUGGCAAAUCAGACUUCAGCAACUUUCCUGCGUGUCGUCGGAUCAGAACUGAUUCAAAAAUAUCUCGGAGAUGGGCCAAAAUUAGUGCGUGAACUUUUCCGUGUAGCUGAAGAGCACGCACCGUCGAUCGUCUUCAUUGACGAGAUUGAUGCGGUGGGCACAAAACGCUACGAUUCCAACUCUGGUGGUGAACGAGAAAUUCAGCGAACUAUGUUGGAAUUGCUGAACCAACUUGAUGGUUUUGAUUCUCGGGGAGACGUUAAGGUUAUUAUGGCAACAAAUCGUAUUGAAACCUUGGAUCCCGCUCUCAUACGUCCUGGUCGUAUUGACCGUAAAAUAGAGUUUCCGCUUCCUGAUGAGAAAACGAAACGUCGCAUUUUUACGAUUCACACCUCUCGCAUGACCUUGGCAGAAGAUGUGAACCUCAAUGAGCUUAUAAUGGCUAAGGAUGAUCUAUCCGGUGCGGACAUCAAGGCUAUAUGCACAGAGGCCGGUUUAAUGGCUCUACGUGAACGACGCAUGAAAGUGACGAACGAAGACUUCAAAAAAUCAAAAGAAAGUGUUUUGUAUCGCAAAAAAGAAGGAUCAGUCGAAGGAUUAUAUUUAUAAAAAUCGCUUAUUUUUAUUAUAAGAAAUCGUAAAAUAAUUUCUACUCUACAUUUUGCGACGCUAAUAAAUUAGUUGAUAGUGGCAGUGUUUGUUCACACUGCCCCAAACAUGUAUUCACAUAA